AUGGCCCGCUUCAAACGGACCCUCGAAGAGGUAGCCAACAAGUCCGACUCCGAUGACGACGAUUACGAUGACCGCGCCGCGCGCUCCGCCCGACACACUGCCUCCAAAUCCAAGUCGAAGAAGACUAAGCAGCCGGCCAAGAAGCGCAGGCGUCACGAUUCUGACGAUGAUGAUAUCGUGUCCGACGACGACGACCUGCUGAGUGAGGAUGAUGACUUUCUCCAGGACUCGGAAUUCGAAGAUGAAAACGCAGAGAGGAAUGCACGGGGGACUGUCCGUCGACGCGCCGCUACCAAUAUACCGAUCUACAACGAUGGUGAUUCCAGCAACGUGGAAGAGGAACCUAGCAACGACGACGAUGGGGAUGAGUUACGAGAGGAUGUCUCGCCAAGGAAGAGGCAGAGCACCGUGAUUAAACUGAAGAUCGGUCACGGCCUGGGACGCCAGCCUCCCGCCUCCAGUCCGUCUGAAGCUGCCCGCCCCGGCCGUCGCAUGACUCGGCGCACAAGAGACCCUUCGGCAGAGAUCUAUGCCUUAACAAAUUCGGGUCGGCACGUGCAGACGGUUGAAGGAGGAACGCAUAGCCCGGAGACUCAUGCCAAUCGUCGCCUUGGAAGAGGGAGUCGAGAUAUCAAGACCACGAUCGCCGAGACGGAAACAGAGGAGGUGCAGACGAACCUAGACGAGGAGCAGGCGAUGGAGAUUACCACAGAGAUAAAGGCUUCGCAGCUGGAGAUCCUGGAGAGCGCACAGGGCAGUUUCGACGACAGCGGUGUCAUCGCCGAGAUGAACAAACUGGACGCCGACAUGUUAGAUCCAGCAGGGUUCAUUCCGGAAUCCGAAAACGGCGAUGUGAAAGAAGACGCAGAAGAAGAAGAAGAAGACGAUGAUGAUGACGAUGAUGAAGCACCCAUAUCUAGGAGAAGAGGCAGGGCUACUCGAAAUCAGCUAGAUGCCGAGGAGGCCGAAGAGGCGGGAGAGCAAGAGAUAGAAAAACCGGAUGGCGAGGAGGUAGAAGAGGAAGAAGGGGAAGAUGGCGUAUCCCGUCUGCGCCGCUCCAGCCGCAAACAACCGCCCAAAAGUUCCCAGCGCAAAGGAAAAGACGACGAGGACUUUGAACCGGAAGAAGAGGAAUCCAACGACGACGAUCUAUCUGUAUCCGAUAAGUCCAACGCCUCCCCUCGGAAAGACAGCCAUUCGCGUGAUGAAGAGGAAGACAGCACGUCCGGGCGACGUCCUGGCCUCCGUAAACGCAAGUCUCAGUCCCGUGGACAGUCAGAAGCUCGAGUAGAUAUUGCAGACGAACUGGCCGAGGAGCUGGAAGACUUGAGGUCAGACCGGCCUCGCCGGCGUGUGCAGCCGGAAAUCAUCUACGAGAAACCUCGUCGCAGCCGCAAGGACGUCGAUUAUAGAAUCCUUCGCCCGGAUCUCAUGUUUCCAAUCGAGGAAGCGGAGAACGAGGUUGCCGAGUCGCCCUCGCGUCGCGGUAGAGGAGGUGGAGGCGGCGGUGGUGUUUGGCAACGCACCUUAUUUCCAACAUCUGGCCCCUUUGGCGGCGGCGGUCCUGCAGCGAUUCUGGCCCCUCCUGGCGCACACAUGACAACUGGGGGUGUGGAUAGUGAUAGCAGUGAUGAUGAGGGCAUGCAGCACCCCAAGGCACACGGAGCAGGGCUUGUAUCUGGCCCCGGUCUCUCGGUAGCAGGCCAAACCCACAAUGCCGAUCCUGUCCAGGGUCUCUCGGGGACCCCGGCCAACCUGGGCAAGAUCAAAGACCGCCAGGCGCUUGCCGAUGCGGACCCGUUAGGUGUUGACAUGAACGUGAACUUCGACAGUGUCGGAGGGUUACAGGGUCAUAUCGACCAACUCAAGGAAAUGGUCUCGCUGCCUCUUCUCUACCCGGAAAUCUUUCAGCGUUUCCACAUCGUACCACCACGAGGUGUCUUGUUCCAUGGCCCUCCUGGAACGGGAAAAACCCUGUUGGCUCGUGCCCUUGCGAACAGUGUUAGCUCCGAGGGCCGCAAAGUGACCUUCUAUAUGCGAAAGGGCGCCGAUGCUCUGAGCAAGUGGGUUGGUGAAGCCGAGAGACAGCUUCGGCUCCUGUUUGAAGAAGCCCGCAAGACACAGCCCAGUAUCAUCUUUUUUGAUGAAAUAGACGGCCUCGCACCAGUCCGAUCAAGUAAACAGGAGCAGAUCCAUGCUUCCAUCGUGUCAACCUUACUAGCAUUGAUGGAUGGUAUGGAUGGACGAGGCCAAGUCAUUGUCAUCGGUGCCACCAACCGACCCGAUUCUAUCGAUCCUGCCCUUCGUCGCCCCGGUCGUUUCGAUCGCGAGUUCUACUUCUCAUUACCAAAUACCGAAGCCCGUCGCGCUAUUCUCGACAUCCACACCAAGGGCUGGGAUCCCCCGCUGCCUGGUGAGAUCAAGGAUGAGCUGGCGGAGAUCACCAAGGGGUAUGGAGGUGCCGAUCUCCGCGCCCUGUGUACAGAAGCUGCCCUGAAUGCCGUUCAAAGGAGGUAUCCUCAAAUCUACAAGUCGGAUAAAAAGCUCCUUAUCGACCCCAAAAUGAUCCACGUCACACCCAAAGACUUUAUGCUGGCCAUCAAGAAGAUGGUACCGUCGUCUGAACGUGCAACCUCUUCUGGCGCUUCUCCGCUGCCUAGCUCUGUGGAGCCCCUGCUCCGUGGACCUUUAGUGGAGAUUGAACGACAGCUGUCUGAAAUUUUGCCGCGAAGGAAAAGACUAACAGCCCUGGAGGAAGCGCAGUAUGAGGAGCCCGAGGGUCAUGGUGGCAGCUUCAAGCACGAGCGGAUGCAGCAGGACUUUGAGCGGUCAAGGGUCUUUCGCCCGAGGAUGCUGAUCGAGGGUCAGCAAGGCAUGGGCCAGCAGUAUCUGGCGGCCGCCCUAUUGCAUCACUUUGAGGGUCUCCACGUCCAAGCGUUUGACUUACCCACCUUGCUCAGCGAUUCGACUCGAUCCCCCGAGGCCACUGUCAUUCAGCUCUUCGCCGAAGUCAAGAGGCAUAAACCCAGCGUCAUCUACAUUCCCAAUAUCCACACAUGGUUCGAGACGGUGGGCCCGGCCGUGAUAUCGACUUUCAUGGGCUUGCUGCGCUCAGUGCCUCCCACCGACCCGGUACUGCUCUUGGGUGUCUUGGAAUCCACAGACGAAGACACGGAUACCGGCUUUAUCAAGAGCUUGUUCGGGUACUCCAAGAGGAAUGUCUACGGCCUGAAGUCGCCGGACGGCACUGCACGCCAUGCAUUCUUCGCGAAGCUUAUUGAAUACAUCAAGACUUCCCCGGUAGAUUUCCCCGACCCGGACAACCGCAAGAAGAGGCAGCUCGAGGCCUUGGAAGUUGCGCCGCCACCCGCCACGAAACCGACUACUCUCACAAAGGAACAGCUGAAAGCCCAGAAGCGGAAGGAUCGACAGACACUGAACUUGCUGAAGAUUCGGAUCCAGCCCAUCAUGGACCAGAUCAAGAAGUACAAGAGGUUCCGUACCGGUGUUGUGGAUGAGUCUCAGAUCAGGUAUCUGUGGGAUGACGAAGACCCCAACAUCGUGACCAGCGAUCUCCCGAUUGAGCAGCGGACCACGUUCCGGCCAUUCGAGAAGGCAUACGAUAAACACGGAGUCCUUGGUCUCCGCGAGACGGUGUCCGGAAAGUUCUACUACAACAUGGAAAUCGUCACCAUCGAGAAACGGCUUUCCAAUGGCUGGUACAAGAGGCCAAGUGAUUUCCUGGCCGACAUCAAGCGCCUGGCAAAGGAUGCCAAACAGACGGGUGAUCAGGAGCGUAUCCUGCGUGCAAACGAAUUGCUCUCUAACGUUGAAGUCGAUAUUACCACCAUUGAGCAGACAGAGCCGGCGCUGGUUGCGGAAUGCGAAAAUGUCUAUCUUCGAGAACUUGAGCGUGAAAAGGCACUCGCCGAGCGCACGAAACCGGCAGAUGACGACGAUAACAAUACCGUCGGCGCCCCGGCGGGAGGAGGCAACGUCCCUCACGGGAAUACAGAAUCAGCCGUGACGUCCGGUCCGGUUGUCCUAGGAGAAUCGUUCCCUGCGCGGCCAGUGACGCCCUCGCGCGAUCGUCCUUCCCAGAGCUUACAGGCAAAUGGUUAUUAUCAUGGUCCCGGUGGCGGCUCGGAUCUCAACGACCUCAGCACCCAUGUUGCGACUAGCAACGGCUCCCAUGCCGACGGUGAAGGGGACACGUACAUGGCCAACUCCGAAGACAUCUCAGGUCUCCGAGACACCCAAAAUGACUCGUUCGGACCCUCUGCGCAACCCAAACCCGCCUACUCGCACACCGCGCCCUCACAGCAGAUCCGGCGAGAGUCGGGCAUUUCGAACCUUUCACAAAAGGGGCCGAUGACACCCAUGGCUCCCGGAUCGCAGCCAAACGACUACACGAAUGAGGCCUCGACGACGCAGACCACAUCUGACAAAAAAUCGUCCGAGAAUUCUACCCUGCACUUCCACACCCAGAGUCCCGUGGCGGGUCAUGGGCUAAGGAACGAAUUCCCCGAUCUGACCCAGUAUCCCGAUCGCGUGUCGCAGGAGGAGCAUCUGCCGGAUACCCAACAAGGAGGGAGUAGUCAGCCGUCUCCGAAGCUGCGGGACUUUCACCACACGGAACUGCCGUAUUCGCAGUCUUCUACUGCCCCGAAUGGAGGUGGUGGUAGCCAGUCGCAGGCUAGACCGCAGUCGCAGCCACAACCUCCAGUCCCAUUGUUUGAUGCUCACUCCACCCACGCGUCUCACUUGCCUGCCAAUCUGCAGCCGUUGCUGAAUGAUGACGAAGAUGAUGACGAGGGAAGCCUGCCAGAACACAAGCUUGUUGUGGAUGCCCAAUACAUCGAGGACCUUCAUGAGCAGCUGACCCGGCGGACGAGUGGAUGCACUGUCGAGCAGCUGGAGCAGAUCAACACAAGCCUGAUGGACUACAUCUGGCAGAUGCGCAGCGAGUGGAACCGCACGAGCGUCGCCUCUGGCGUCAUCGACACCUUCAACGAGGUCUUCGAAGACAUGCUCUCUAUCCAAGAGGUCGGCCCCAUCAGCCAACAAACACAGGAGCAACUACGACGGGCCAAUGUGCCCAUGCACUCCUUGCUUGAAAGCCGCUAA